AUGUGGAGGACUCUGCGCAAAGACCAGCCAUCCAAAGAGACCUCUCUGUCGGAUAUUGAUAAGUAUUUGGAUUCCCCGCCGGUCAACUGGUCCCACCAUAUGAUCGGCGAUGCAGACACAGAAUGGGUCCUCAAAUGGUGGAAGGCUAACGCGUUCAAUUUUCCACUCAUGGCAAAAGCUGCUCGCGACUAUCUACCCAUACCUUCGGCAGAGGUCGGUAUUGAACGCGAGUUCAGCAGCGCUAGAGAUGUCUUGGGUCUUCGAAGACACUGUCUGAACGCGGAGACUAUGCGAUGGUUGAUGCUCCUGAGAGGGCAGUACCAGACAGAAUGUGAGGGCGGUACAUGCAUGUAA